UGUCGCUCCGUGUAGGUAGUAGCAUGGAGAGAGACAACAGAACGUUUUAUUGUUAGUCGUGUCACCGGAAAUCCGACAAGUCACGUGGUGACGUUCCGAUGGGCUCGAGCAGGGAUCUGGGCUAGCAAUUAAGCUGCAUUUCCGGCGUGUCUCGUGUCGGUUCUGAAGUGUAAACAGCGCCGGUUUGUCCAUGCCUGCGCUACCGGAGGAGCGGGCGCGCGUGCUGGCGGUGGUGCGCGCGCUGAAAGCGGUCGGUGUGCGCGUGAGGAACUGGAAGAGCUUCCUGCACGGAGAGAGAACACCUGAGCAGGAGACACCACAGCAGCUCUUUGCGUUCGGUCGAGGUCUUCAGUUUCUCCCUCAGUGUCAUGUGGCUGAAGUGGACGGCUCCGUGCCGCUGUUCCUGGUGGAGGCGUGUGAGUAUUUAUCUCAGCACUUGCACACUGAGGGCAUUUUCAGGAAGACCGGUUCUCUCGGCCGAAUCCGAGUUCUGAGGACGGACCUGGAGAAGGGCGAGCAGAUCUUCCUGCCUCCCCGUGACGCUUUGUUGCAGCCGUGUGACGUGGCGUCGGUGCUGAAACAGUUCCUGCGUGAGCUUCCUGAGCCGCUGAUCGCAGAGGACCUGCAUGUGGCGCUGUGCCACGCCCAGACUCUGGACACGGGUGCGAGUGAGAGAGCCACGCUGCUGCUCAUGUCCCUGCUCUCUCCGGUACACACUCGCACCCUGCGCUACAUCUGCAGCUUCCUCAGGCGCGUCGCACUCCGGUGUGAUGAGAACAGGAUGGAGGUGAGCAGUUUAGCGCUGGUCAUGGCUCCUAACCUGCUGCCAUGUUCGCCUCAGACGUGUCGCCUCACCCUCCUCACAGAGAAACAGCUGGAGCAGCAGGCUGCAGCUAUCAGAACCCUCAUCUUGCACGCUGAGCGCAUCGGAGUCGUGCCCUUAUUUGUACUGGCCGCACCGGGAGCGGUGAAGGCGAGCGAUUCCACCCCACCACUAGAGGGCGCUUUAUUGAACAAGCGAGCCAGACUCAGUGUGUACAGCAGCCUGUGCAGACAGAGGAGAAGGAGCGUCGGAGAGUUAUUUGUGGAUGCUUUUUCUAAACUGAAGUCCGGUAGGACGCCCAUCGGUCCCUCUCUGUCCUUAGAUGCUACAUCAGGACCUCCGCUGUCCAAAAGUCCCACGCCUCAGUCUCCAAACACGGUGAAGCGCAAAGCCUUAGAGGACAGCGCGCCUGAAGUGAGUGGAUCUGCCAGAAAGAGGCGUUCGCUGCACGACCUCCGAGCCGACACGCAGUCCAUCAGCAGCCAGUCGGCAGACGAUUCGACAGGAGGUCCGAGUCCUCAGGAGGUGAAGAGCAGCGAUGAUUCCCACCGCAGUGUUUCGGAGAAGAGGACUCCAGUACGAGCGCAGAGGAAGACGCAUCGAGCUCCGAAGCAGGAGGAGCGUGCACGCCGCAGGAGGAGAUCUCUCCGUUUCUUCUCCAUGUCGAGCAGCAGCAGCGGCAGUCCGGCUCUCAGUGUGACGCCGUGUGACGAUCCUGAAAAGUGUUCGAGCUCCUGCAAAAAACUCCACCACAUUAAAAAGACUCUGUCGAACUCCGACAGCGACUCCUCAUUGAAAAUUCCCUUAAUACUGAUAGAGGAACCGGGACGAGUUGUAAUCGGGAGUGAAGUGGACGACGAUCCUGAGCUUCUCAACUGCAGUUUUGUGGAGAACCCUGUCGAUGCGUCAGGUUCCGAACGUGAGGGAACGUUACGAGGACGUCAGCAGCAGGAGAGCGAGGAAGCGCACGACGACGAGCACUGGGUUCUGCUCGACAACGGAUAUCCGGAAGUCAUUGUGGAAUACGACGUGAUUCUGAAGGAGAGCCAGAAACAGGAAGGGACAGAAAGUCCAAAGACAGGAGAUGGAGUUAAGAAAGAGCAACAGGAAACGGAGACACUUUCCAAAUCGAAAAAGAGGAAAAGCAAUUCGAAGAAGCGUUCUGGACCACGACGAUCCAUCAGCAUGCCCGAGGUGGCUUUAGAUCCACGUUCGGACGAGAUCGACGAAGUUCAGCAGAAAGUUCUGACAAACGAGACCACGUUUAAUGAGGACAUGUGGUCCACGUCUGUCAGGCUGCCUCUCAAAAAGUUUGGAGGAAAAGGAAAAGAAGGGCGAGAGCUGAGGAGGAGAUCCGGCACGUUUCACGAGCGGAAGAAGGAGAAAGGGUCCGAUUCGGAUCUAAAGAAGGCGAAUCCUCGGCUUUCGAUGGCUGAGAGGUUCAGGAGCUUCAGCCUUCUGGCUUCGUUUCUCCGAACCCCGACGGUCCGUCUGCGCAGACAGGGAGCGAGACGGUUCAGCCGCUCGUUCAGUGACGAAGCCGUUCAGGAGGAUCAGCAGGCCUUCCUGGAGCUAAACGACGAUCUAACAGACUCCGAGGAACCCAACGAGGAGUUGCUUCCAGAUCAUUCACCAAGUCCUUCUUCUCCUUCAGAAGAUCUCACUUUGAUUGGAUCGUCACAGAAAUCAGAAGAGAAUGAAAAUCCCCAGAUUAACGAGUGUGUGACGUCCGAGACGCUGAAAGUGGAAGAAUUCGACCUGGACAAGAUGUUUGAGCAGCAGUGUCACGUCACAGAAUGUCACCACGAGCAUGAGAAACACUCCGAGUCCUACUGGGACGUGCAGUUUGGUGGCUCUACACCGUCGAGCCAGCAGAGGGCGUCGUUCAGUUCCCCCGCAGACUCGUGCGCUUUCACAGCUUCUGAAACCGAGCCGCUCUCUCCGCAGUGCGAAACGCCGGCGUGCAAGUCCUUCAGCUGCCUGUCGUUUGACGGCGUGUUUUCCAUCAGCAGUGUGAGUGAGAAUUGUUCGCUCUCCCUCGACCUCUCACCUCCGUCCUUCCAUUUCAGGCCUCAGGGCUCCAGGAGGCGCUAUAGAGACUCUCCACGCUGGCCUUCUCACGAAGUGCGCAUGACCACGUGGAAACCGUUACCUCUCUAACUCGUCUCACGCUUCCUCUGUGCAUGGUUACUCUGGUUUUUGCUUCACUUUUAAAAUACACAUGUGUAUUAAUAUACAGGAAGCACGCUCUCUUUACCGGCUUUAAUGCUGGCACAAAGUUAUUGAUUAAUG